GGGAAAAGUUCGGAACAAAGUGAAGAUCCUUGUUUGGCGCGGUUUGUUCUCGCCGUCCGUCUCCACGUCCAACUGGAAAAGGGAGGAAAAUAUUUUAACGUUUCACGCGAAAAAUCACCAACUGGCACAGAACGCAGUGGAUUUCCAGAGUGGUACGUGGUAGCACUCCGGUGUGCAUUGUUGUAGUCGGGAUUGUCUGCGAAUUGAGAUGUGCGCCGGUGAUUGUGGGCGAAAAAAUCCUAACGACAUUGAGUGAAAUCGAGAGAACAUCAUGACGGUGCUCUAGGUGCGAACGAAGAGCCUCUUCAGUUCGAAUGAAAUUUUAUUUAUUCAUGUUUUGUCGAUUUACCUUCGUUAGGUUAUUGUGUGUAGAAAAGAAUUAAAUAUUGAAUAAAUUGCUGAUAAUACUUAUCACGGUGGGAGGGUAGAUAAAUACUAUACAAGUUCUCAGUGAAGUAAAGAGUGCCAAAUGUAUUGUGUUUGUAGAUCGACAAAUAUAAUAAAAUAAAAAAAAGCUGACAAUAAGUGAUAAACAUAAUCAGCUACAGUACAACACAAAAAUUAACCACCAGCUGAUUGCAGUUAGUGAAAAAUAGAAGAGAAGUAAAACGGUGUUUCAUGCAAAUUCGAGCUUAAUGCAAACCUGUGCCAAAAAUACGUAGCCGUAGAAGCGUUGUCUGUCGGAAGUUUAUUUCGACUUCAUCGCCACGAAGAAACCACCGGUAGUGACAGAGAGAAACAUAAGACACAAAAUAAAAAAAAGUUAAUCACCGUCGUUACACCCGUCACCGGUUGACCGCGGGAAGUAAAUCCCACACCUCCGAGGCCAUCCAUCCAAUCUGGAUAGGAUUUUAUAUACUCGGCGCAGCCGUCCAGCACGAAAACAAAACAAAAAAAAAAGAUCCGAUCCACCGGAAAUAAAGUCCACGGAACCGGGUGCGCUUCGGCAACGCGGCCACAGGACGAAUUUCACGCUUCGGCUGAAUCCGGCUGUACGGGGCCAAUCAAUGCCCGUGCUUUGGGCCACUAUCAGAUUCCGGAAUGAACUGCCAGCUCAGUGAAUAAUUGAUUUCGGUCUCAUUUAUUAUUAACGAUGUCUGGACUGAGCUAUCGGGAAAUGUUUAUUCCGAGGCAGUGCGCGUAUUCGCUUAAUUAAAAUCCAAACAGUGGCAGACCGGGUAGUGAGUGAGUGAGUAAGGGCAACAGGGGCCCAACAAAGGUGACGUAAAAAGUGUUCAAAUUCAGCCCAGUUGACCCUUCGGGGAAUGGUAGUGGACUGGUGCUUUGUGAUGUGUUUGAUGGAUUUGGAGCGCCACACAAAUUGAGCGUCUGGCUCCGCAGAUUGUUCUUUAAGCCGUCGUAACUCACACAGCAGCAGAUCGAAAAAGAUACCUGAAUCCGAAACGAAAACAGUGUGCCAAAUUAUUCGUCGUUGAUCCAUUGAUUGCGUGUGCUAGAAAAGAGCAGAAAAAAAAGUUGAAUGAUCGCGAAGUUUUACGCCAAGCAGAGCACGUACAGAGUUCGGUAAAUGUGGCAGUAAAGUUUCGAAAGCGUAGCGGCGAAAGACGGUGAAAAAAGGUGCCCUUCCCGGAUCACGUUCGCAGCCGAAACCGAUAGAGAGCAGAGAAAUGGUGGAUAUUAGUUCUAUUAUCGAAGGAACCGUCAAGUUCCGCGACGGCAAAAAGUGGAAGUCACGGUGGUGUGUUAUGCGGAAACUAUCCCCAGUAGCAGACUGUCUUCACCUGCAGCUGUACCGUGACUCCAAGGAUCGGUACAAAAAUGGUCAAACCAAAGCGUCGCUCUCGUUGCAGCACUUUCUGGGCGUCGAGUCCGGCUUCACACUCGACAAGGAAUCCAACACGAUAGCAAUAAUCUGUCAGGAUGUGAUAGUGGUUCUUGCGUUUGACACUCGCGAAAGACUGAUACAGUGGCAGGUUAAAAUAUCAAACAACCUAGGGGAUGACUUGCAAUACCUAGUGCUGGUCUCGUCGGCGCCUCCCAAGGCCAAACUGGCGACUGGACCAGCACGAAUGCACAUCCAGGAUCAUCGUUUCUGUCUGACAACGGGAGUUCCACCACGACUGACUGGCAUGUGGAACAUUCAACAUCUCAGACGCUAUGGGGUGGUGGAUAAUCGCUUCUGCUUCGAAGGCGGCUCCAGCUGCGGUAAAGGCGAAGGACUAUACGUUUUCGUUACGGAUCUCGGGGAUGAGAUUACCCAUACACUCAAAAUGGCAUCCCAGGGUAAAUUGGCGAGUAAAAAGCGAGCAGCAGCUAGAAAAAUUUCAGCUUUCGACAGUCCCCGGAAAGGAGCGGAAUCUCGUUGCACCAACUAUAAUGACGAAAUCUGUACGGUUCACAUUGAAAACUCUACAUGUACCUGUCGGACGGCUUACUGGCCCUCGACGGAGUCUAGAGACUUGGAUAGUAACUAUGGUUGUGGCGAUACAGCUUCCGUGUCCGAAGGACACGACAGUAUCAACGAUAUGGAUUCAUUCCCUCGGAGUACCGUGGCCAACUUGGAGCGCUGUAUGAGUUGCAUCUCCAAGCUGGGUGCCCCCUCUAUGUCGCGAAGCUCCACAGUUACGGGAACACCAGGAGCUGUAGCACCGAUGCCGGCAUGGCACACACUGACCGAGCACAACAAUCACAUUAAUCAGUCGCACAUCGCAAAAACACCAGCACUAGAUAGAAUGUCCCUCUGUUCUCGCGGUAGCAGUAAUACUUCUGAAUAUUCCAUACCACGACAGACCUGUGCUCCCAGUCAGCACGGGCCAGAAUCGUGGUAUGAGAAGGUUCCGGCUACUCAGCUGACUUGUAUGCAUAAUCGUCCCACGUCUCCUUGCCAGUGUUGUCCUCCCGGAAGACCACCGAAGCCUAAAGAAAUUUCCCUUCACAUCACAGCUCCAAUUCAUUCGGCUAUGAUGUCUUGCAAGUCCCCUCAACCGAGUCACAUUGGUCCCUACGAAAACUAUGACAUCCCAAAGACUCCCGUUGCUAUUGACGAUAGCGGCAAUACCACGGAGAACUACGAUACACCUAAGAAAAUACAAGAGUACCUGUUGAAGGAGGCUAACAGCAGCGGAAAGAGCGAAGUUGGCAGCUAUGGCAACUAUGACACGCCCCUUUCACUAAGCAAUGCAGUAUGUGGUUGUUUGCACGGUAAUGAGAGUCAAAAUGCAGCGAAACCGGAAAAGGAAUUGAGCGGUCCACGUGUCGAUUGUACCUGUAAUCGGGUAAUGUCCUGGGCCGAUAACUGGAUUCCAUUGCCACUGUGUAAGCGAGGAAACGGGAUUGAAAAUACGGGUGUUCAAAUCAAUAAAAUUAAACUGAGUGGUGAAGGUAAAAUGCCUGUUGUAGACGCUAGUAAGGAAAACGCCAUUUACGCGACUGUAGAUAUGACUAAAAAAAUUCGAAAGCGGCUCGAGGGUGCUUGUGAGUGCGACAUAAACGAAAGCGAAAGUGUUAAAUGCGAGCAGAAAUCAAGUUACGAUAAUUACGAAGACGUGGAAAUACUUACCGAAACUCAAAAGGCAAACUACGCUAACUUGGAAUUCGAAAAAUCCCUCGAAAACUACGAAAACUCAAAGGAAGUGCUCCAGAGAGCAGGUCUCUCUUUACACGAUUUCGAACGUGAGCAGAAGAUCUGCCACAAAUGUGGUCACCCCAAUAGUGUUUCGAAGGAUGCUGACAACACCAAAACAGAAUCCCAAGUAGCUGAUAAGCAAGAGAACUACGUCAUGAUGGAACCUACCAACCUAAAGUCCAAGUUCCCUGGUUACAUCCCAAUGUCCCCAGCCGCUCCAACAACAGUCACCGAUGCCGAACCUUCUCCAGCAUCGCCAACAGCUCCUCCGUUACCGUUCAAAUCAGACCUUCUGAAGCAGCGAAUGAGUCGAAUUAUUGGAGAAAAAUCCGCGAGCAAUCCAAGCCUUUGCGGGCCAGCAGUCGAUCGAAGUCGAAAACGGAUAGACGAUGAAACGCGCGUUCCCGGAAGUGCCAUGCUGAAGGGAACCACCAGUCCGUAUACCCGCAAACAACUGCUAGAUCACAGCGAUCUGCUACCAUGUGAUAAAAGACUCUCCCCUCGGAAACGUUCCGCCUCCGCUGAGUCAUCCCGCUUCCUAGAUGAUGGAGAAGAGGCUGAAAGUCCGCUGAGCGGAACAGCAUCACCAAGUACUGAAACCCUCCAGAAACCAUCCACUUCAACCUGCAACAUCGAAAUCCGAAGAUUGUCGUCACCCUGCGUCCACCAAGAAACGGAACCUUGUCCAGCGGAAGCAUGUUGUGAUAAAACUUCGGUACCCGUCGAAACGGAGGACGAUAUUUCCGCAUCUACAAAUCCUAGUCAAAAUUCACAGUCGGUCUACAUUCGGCGAUCGGAAAGUGUUCCAUGCAAAGCUCAAAACCGGGAUAGCUCGAGCUCCAAUGAUUCUGGAGUUUCUACUGGAUCUCUGCGGCAACGAGGAACAGACUUCACGGAAUUCGAACUACCACUCACUACGGCAAUGUCGGCCCGAAGACACCAACGGCAUGUGCUACCGCAGCAAGGAUGUGUCCACUCGUCUCUUCCCCGGAGAUCCAAAUCGUUCGAUCCAUUAAGGGAAUUGACAUUCCAGUUUCAGAAGAUCCGUGUCCCAGAGAAAAGCACUUCGGCCGAAGCUGAGGUUCCCAUCUGUCCACCAAAGACAAAAGCAUACGGAAGUCCGGAUAUAAUGGCAACAACUACGGUACCGUAUAUCGACUCCAGGAGUACCAGUAGCGGAACAUCCGACAUGUCCGAUUACAUCGAAACACUUUCCCUGUCCAGUCACAGUUCGUCGGAUACGCCCGAAGGCAUGAGACACAUCAGACAGGCAACCUCGACUCUUCGACCGCGAUCUGGCAAGGAGUACCAGAACAUUGAUCGAUCGAUUCUGUCGCUCACUCAGGCGGGCAGUGAGUCUUCGCUCAAGCAUGCUGGCACACCUUCCCAACUGCGCGGACUACUGCCCUGUUCGGCAAAUUACGCCAACAUCACCCCCGUCCCGGAAAACGCAGAAUCACCCAGCCCCGGCUAUCAGAGCGGUACCUCACCCCAGGACGGACAAGUUCAACACUUUUUGUUCAAGAACUCGUCUUAACUUGAAGAGCAUCACCAACCGGUCAACAAAUGAAAGCAAUAAAGACUAACUUUUAUAUAUAAGUAUAAACAAAUAGAGAAUCAAAAAACAAAUACCUAUCUAUAUAUAUCCCAUACGAAGGAAGAAAACAAGAAAACAAAGCAGAAUUGCAGCAAAUUGUUUUGUAACGAAAAAAACCACACUCAUCCAAUCAGAAACCGAAUCGACUGCUGGAUUCUGCCAGAGGAGGAUUGUGCAAUGAUCGAACCAGAGGAACAGUAAAUCCGAAUCACAGCGUCCGACAUAAAUACACACACAAACACAGAAACGCAGAGACAGGAAGCUGCGCUUGUUUCCCUCUGAUUCAGCCCAAAUAAUUACUUUUCCUUUCCGUGUAGUUCACGGCUUUGAUUGCUUUGUCUUCACUUUCAUUGAUUUUUAACCUUUAGGGCAAAUAUUGACCCCCUCGGUCCUGUGUUCUGCAGUAACCGUAUCUGCACAUGCUAGUAAGCCGCAUCCGCUACUGGGCAAAGCGUUCUCCUUCGGCUGAAGAUGUACAGGCUUCCACACCCACAUUCGCAUACCCACGUUACGUCUUCGCUUAUCAUAAGAUACAACAGACAAGCGGGGUUGGAUUGGAAUUGUGGCGAGGCUUCGCAAACAGAAGAAUAAUGAAGCAAAGCGAAUAAGAAGGGGAUUAUUUCUCUCAGCUUUUACUUCUAGUCACAGUGGAGCAAUAGGGACCGGAAAGCAAACACUGCAUUUCGCGAUAGUUCCGAAGAAUUCGAUCGAUUGGUCGGAAUCGAACAAAAGAAUGCUGGAUUACUUCUGUUAGAGCAAUUCACUUUGGGUGUGAAGAAAUGACGGGAUGACUGUACUUUGCUUCUGGGAUUUUCCGGUCACCCUGGACACCAGCUAGCGGGCGCUCCAAAUCAAAGUCUGAGAACGAGAAUAAAUAAGACUCUGUUUGGUUUGCUCUGGAGCUUUGGUGUGCAGACCGCGAAAUCAAACGUAGGCCAGCAUUAUUGAUUUAUCAGGUUACUGAAACAGUUGAUUAACGUCUUUGGUUGUGUUUGCUUCUUUUGUUUGCAAUAAUAUAACAGAGAGGUUAGCAAUGAAAGGAAAACAAUACAUUUGUUCUAUAGGUCUAAGCUGCAACCCGUGACACCCAUAAAUUACCCUGCUUGAUAUCGGGAUCACGGAGUAAAAUAUUUAAAAAAAUUGGAGUUGUACUCUACACUCAAUCAUCUUCGGCGUAUGUGAAAACUUUGAACAAUCCUCAAACACAGGAAAACAAACAACAACGACUUUUUAUUGUUUUUGUUAUAGGUGAACAAUGGUAUGUUUCUGCAAUAGAGUAUUUUUACUGUACUGUGCUUUGUUGAUACAUAAUGAGAAACCUAAGGAAGAGCGGAGACACAUAUGCAAAUACGAAUAGGAAUCCAAAGGAGUAAAACCUAGUGUGAAAGUUCCACUCGAAACUUUUAUUCAAGUGCUAGUCUAAACAAAAGCCCCGUUUUCAACCGAAUGCAGGAAGUUAUUGUUGUAAAUAUAUUUAAAAAUAUAUACAAUUCGUGUAUUAUAAACAAUUGCCAAAAUACCUAUUACGAAAUAUUUAUUGAUAUACCCUUAACACAUACUGAAUAUUGACGCAUUUAAUCCAAUAUUAGUAUAUACGAACGAAGAAUCUUCUUUUCGAAAAAUGUAUAUUUAAGACAUACUAAACCACGAUCUAUUUUCUAUGUAUAUAAAGCAACACUUUCAAAGUCCAUACAUCUCGUGCGAUCCAUUUUCGUCUCCAUCGGAGAGCCCAUCUUAGAUUUUAUUCCUUUCUUUAACCGCCAUCGAAAAUCACUAACCUAUUUACUACGACACCAGUUCUAUUCCAUAACACACACACGUGCAGUUCUUUUCCAUCAUUAUUCUACUCACACGCCUAAACACACUCAUACACCCACACGAGAAAGUUUAAUGAAAUAUACUUACACUAAUCGAAGAAGAUAAAAAAGCAAAGCAGCAAAAAACAAAUUUAGCAAAAGCAAACCCAACUCUAAAAUAGCAUAAAUCGUUACUCAAAAAAAGAACCUAUUAGGACGACUAACGAUGAUCGAUGUUAGACGUUUUCCAUGCCAGUUUGGAAGAUGGAAAACCGUUCAGCAAUUUUUGUUUCGUUUGUUUUGCUGCUCCGAUACGAAGAGAAAACAAAAAACAAAAUGGCACAAAUUUAUUACACCACCAGCAGCAGACACCAUAAAAAAAGAUCGAAUAUUGAAAUAACCAAAAAAACGUCGCUCUAGCUCAAUUUAAUUAGUGAAUUGGAACAGUCUACGAAAAAAAUCGUUUAGUCGAUGAUUUUUUCAGUUGAAGUUUAUCGAAAAUUAGAAAAAAAAACACAAAAUUCAUCAAAACCGCAACAGUAAACCAAGAUGGGCACCAUAAAUGGGAGUGAAACUUGUUUAAUUUUUUUUUUAACUCGAUUUUAAACUAUCGGAAAGUUUUGGCGUGAUAAGGUUUAUAUUUUAUAUACAUACAGAUGGAAAAAAGUAACACGAAACAUAAUGGCAAAAAGUGAAACGUUAGUUUUCUUUUACUGAUACGAGCAGGAGAAAUUACACGCUAAAUUUGUAAAUAGCAUUACUUUGAAAAUAUGGUUUUUGACAGCAAAAAAUUAACACAAAAAUGAAAACAACAACGGUUCAUGGCAAUCGAAACGGCAUCUGGUGUUUGUAGCACGCGUAGAAGCAAAACUUAAACAAUCCAAGAAGAGUUUUGGUGCAAAUAGUCCCACACUCAAGUGCAUUGGUUGCAGUAAAUGGCGAAAUUAUUGGAAAAACACAGCCGAUCAUGUCAGCAUGUCAGAAACGCAAAAAAAAAUCCAAAUAAAACUACUGAAACUUUCAUAAAAUGUACUCACAGUAAGAUGGCAA